UGAGUACGGCGGCAGAGCGCGCAUGUGGUAUAUGCAUAGAAUUCUCAAUUAGACUGCCUACAAAAGAACUUAUUUUCGAAAAAAGUUGCGACAAAUACGCGUUGCGUGCUUUUGACUUUUCGACGUCGCUCAAUAUCAUCGAUUUUUCAAUAUUUUCCCGAGCUACACAACCCAUGCACGGCAUUACGGAAACGCACAUUGACGAAGGCGCACGUAGAAUAGUGAUUGCAGGAAAAGAUUGAAAAAGUGAAAAGUGUCAUUGCUUCAUAGUGUUGAAAGAAAAUCCUCUUUAUUGCUGAUCUGAGUACUACCGGAGCAAUUGUGUAGAAAUAAGUUUUAAAUAAAUAGCGCAAAUUCAUUGCUGAAGCACAUCGCCUACCCGCUUAGCACAAAAAAUAAUUACUUCCGCAGCAAAAAUGGUGUUGAAUAAUAUUACUGCGUUCCAGUUUUUCGGCAGUGUAGCUCUUGGGCUUUUGUGCUUUAAAAUCGUCAACAAAUUCCUACCCUGGAUUUACGUAAAUAUUAUUGGACCCAAGUUUUUGGGGCCGAAAUUGAACAUACGCAGCAUAGGCGGUUGGGCUGUGAUCACCGGUUCAACUGACGGUAUUGGAAGAUCUUAUGCGAAAGCGCUUGCGAAGCGAGGAUUCAGUUUGGUGCUAAUCAGUCGUUCUUUGAGCAAGUUGGAGGAUCUCGCAAAGGAAAUCGAAAAUGAGUACAAGGUAGAAACCAAAAUCAUCGAUGUUGACUUCCAAGAUAGCGUUGGAAUUUAUGAUAAGAUCAAAGCAGGCCUUGAAGGCCUCGACAUUGGUGUGCUCAUUAAUAAUGUUGGCGUUUCAUAUUCGUACCCAGAGUACUUCCUUACGUAUUACCAACAGAACCCUAAAUUCUUGCUAGACAUGGUUUCGGUGAACAUACACUCUGUGACACACAUGUGUGCCUUGGUUUUGCCAGUCAUGCUGAGCAGGAAGAAGGGCUUAAUCAUAAAUGUGUCGUCAUCAAGCGCAUCUAUACCCGCUGCACUGUUAUCUCUCUAUAGCGGAACCAAGGCUUUCGUCACUAAAUUUAGUGAAGAUUUACAGACGGAAUAUCGAGAUAGUGGAAUCACAGUACAAUGCAUUAAACCGGGUUUUGUUGCAACCAAGAUGAGUAAAAUUAGAGCGAGUCUGUCGUGUCCUACGCCCGAUACCUAUGUGGCUUCAGCACUCAAUAUGUUGGGAUAUACCACGACAACACCUGGUUAUUUACCACAUAAUUUCUUACAAAUAUCAUGUGAUUUCAUGAGGUACCUAACGUGCGAACCCUUCGUUUCGAGUUUGUUUUUAAAUUAUUUAUUGAAAAUAAGAAAAAACGCUUUGAAACGUUUGAACCAAAAGAAAUAGAGGACCGGCAAAUGUGAAAGCUAGUAUAAUUGUGUGUAUUUUUUUCUAUGUAACCUAAGUUAAAUGUGUUUUAUAUUAAAAAGAUUUAAAUUAAUUUUUUUCAAUGGUCAUAAAUAAAAAUUACACAAAGUUA